CCGAGGGCCCCGCGGGCGCCAACGCCGCCACUGCCCGCUCCGCAGCCUGCGCUCCCCAGGCGUCUUCGCGUUUUUCCUGCUCGCCGCGCCUGCGCUACCCAUCAUGGCCGCCAUCUCUCAGGUGCGCCACAACUACCACCCCGACUGUGAGGCCGCCGUCAACAGCCACAUCAGCCUGGAGCUCCGCGCCUCCUACGCGCACCUCUCCGUGGCCUUCUACUUCGACCGCGACGACGUGGCCCUGAAGCACUUCUCCCGCUACUUCCUGCGCCGGUCGCACCAGGAGAGGGAGCACGCGGAGGAGCUGAUGGGCCUGCAGAACCGGCGCGGUGGCCGCAUCUGCCUUGGCGACAUCAGGAAGCCCGAGGAGGACGACUGGGAGGGCGCCCUGCAGGCCAUGACGUGCGCCUUCCACCUGGAGAAGAUCAUCAGCCAGAGCCUCCUGGAGCUGCACGAGCUGGCCACCGACAGGGGCGACGUGCAGCUCUGCCGCUUCCUGGAGAGCCACUGCCUGCCGGAGCCCGUCAAGACCAUGGAGGAGCUGGGUGGCUACCUCACCAACCUGCGCAACAUGGGGGCCCCGGACGCCGGCCUGGCGGAGUGCCUCUUUGACAAGCUCACCCUGGGCGGUGGCGGCAGCGGCGAUGGCAAGGAGAACUGAGCUGGGACUGUCCCCACAGCCACGGGUCCCUUCCCCGGCUCAGGCCACAAAGUAGUCGGGCGAGCAUAUUUCCCCUUCAGAAGUUGACUUAAGUUUUUUCCUUUCAGUUUUACCGUUGUGUCCAAUAAAGUUAUCUGGUUCUUCGAGCAAUAAAGUUGUCUAGUUGAUUUGUGUGUGCAGACCUCUCACGUUUGAGGAAUAAGGGCAAAUCCCUGCGUGCGGGUUUAAAACAGGUAUCCAGGGGGGCUCUCCACCCACGCAUACAUAACCCAUGCACUGCAGCUCAAGAUCUCCACGGAUGGAGGGGAAAGGUACUGCAUUGGCCCCUGGUAAACAAGAAAUUAGUCUCCCCUGUACAAACUUGUGGACAUGUGGGUUGGGGUAAAGUGAGGAGUGGUGGGGUGAGCGGUCUGGGGCCCGUAUAUGUGGGUGUGUGUGCAUGGUACAGUGUCAAACAUGGUCUAGAAUUGCUUAUAGUGACUGCCUCUGCAGAACAAAUGACAGGACUCGUAUUGGGUAGGGAUUAAAAUAAAGGGGUCUUCAACUUUACAUCAAACUUGUGUUUUAAAAUUUGCAAAUAUUAUUGUUCAUUGAUUCUAGGUAGCAAGAGGGGGGCCCUGGAAGAUGGCAUGGCAGAAUCCCUCUUUGACAAGCUCACCCUGGGUGGCUGCGACAGGAAGAACUGAUCUGGGACUGUCCCCCCAGCUAUGUGUACCUUCCCAGGUCAGGCCACCAGCCAGGUGUGCACAUUGCCCUUUCAGAACGUUCACUGAAGUUUGUUCCUUUCAGUUUUACCAUUCCUUCCAAUAAAGUUAUCUGGUUCUUAAAGCA